AUGGGACCACACAUGAUGGCAUGGAUAUCGGCCCUAUACACCAACCCAGCUGCCCGAGUACAAGUAAACGGAAUCCUCUCUGACCCAUUUGAGAUUAGAAACGGCACAAGACAGGGAUGUCCACUAUCGCUCCUGCUCUUCGUCAUCAGCCUGGAACCGUUCCUUAACGCCAUUCGAACCCAACCCGACAUCACUGGGAUCAGAGGCAGCUGGGGAGUCAGCAAAGUAUAUGCGGACGAUCUCCUAUUCACUAUCACCAACCCAGCAUCUUCCCUCAGAGAGCUACUGCGUCAAUUCGACAUUUACGGCACGCUGUCGAACCUAAAAAUAAACUUCACGAAAUCGGAAAUCCUUAAUGUAGGAUGCCCCCAAGCAAUGUUGAGUUGUCAUUAUCUGGACAUUCUCUUCACUAGUGUAACCCCAGCUGCCACUGCAGGGAUUUGUGCUGUAAAGGUGACAGUGAAUACCCCAAGUGUGCAGGUGACUAGAGGAGGAAGUGCUCUCCUACCCUGUUUGUUCCGUACCACUGCUGCACUGAACCGUCUGAACAUUAUCUGGACAGUCUCUCCACUAGUGGAACCCCAACACCCACUGCAGGUCAUCUCAUAUGAGCAGGGCCAGGUUGUAGAGAGUCUUAGUGAUUACUUGGGCCGAGUCAGAUUUGCCUUCCAUCCAACCAAAGACGCUAGCAUCAUCAUCAAUCAAACACGAACCUCUGACACUGGAACAUACCAGUGCACGGUUAUCAACCCGCCAGAUGGGGCAACGCCCAACAUUGGUCUUAUUGGACUUACUGUGCUUGUUCCGCUGUCAAGUCCGCAAUGCUCCAGUGAGGGGCAGAUGCAUGAAGGAGGGAGCAUUCACCUCCAUUGCUCGGUGCGAGAAGGUGUCCCUGCCCCCAGGUUUACAUGGAAAAAGAUCCCUCCUGACAACCAGGUGCUGGUGACCAAACAGGAAGAUUAUCAUGGCUCUCUGCUUCUCACUAACGUCUCAUCAGAAACAUCUGGUUUAUAUCGAUGCACAGUCAGCAAUCAGUUGGGAUCACACUCUUGUGCUGUGGAACUCCAUGUGGAUGUUGCCGACAUGGGAAUUAUGGGCAUUGUCGUUGGUAUCACAAUUACUCUGGUCAUGGGAUUGGUGCUUUUGGCCCUCUUUGCCCUCGUGUUGUGUCUUCAUCAACAAAGUCGUGGAAAGCAAUGUGAUCCGAAGGAUAAAAUGCAUACUCUGGUCCAGAUGGACACUCUCUCUCCAAGAGAUCUUCGUGCAACAAAGACCUCAGUCAAUGACCCGAUCACAUCAAUCAGAACUACUAAGCCAUUAUGGGUGUUAAGCAGCCAGGCUGGCAAGCCUCCCACGCACAUCCUGUAUGAUAUUCGACAGAGCCAGGUUUCCUUAACAACAGAUUACAGGCCAUCUAGGAACAUAGAGCAAUACUCCACCACAGAGAGUGAAGAAGAGGACUCCUAUAGCACGCCUGAGCCAACACCUAUCCAUCCUACAAAUUCAGGCUUCCUGGUUUAACAGCAACAUAAUAGCACUAAUUAAAAGGCAUUGAGUUAUUCGCAUCAUUAAAAGCAGCAGUGGGAAUGGAUUAAUAUUCUUGUCAGAAAGGAAAA